CGUAUGUAUGCAUGUGCAACUGCAUUAUCAGUUGCAUCUACAGGAUAAUGUGUGAACAGACUAAACGCUGCUUACAGUCCUUAGGCAUGUGAUAUUCAAACAUUUAAGGUCACGUUGGGCUGUUUACCUUCCAAGUCAACACGACCUGUGUGGUUGUGGCCUUAUGUAGCCACAAGACCGCCGUGUACAGUGCAUAGGUAUUGUCUCAGGACUUGUCUGUGUAUCCGUUCGUUCUUUCACAGUCAGCUGUCUGCACGGACCAGUGAAUAAAUAUUAUGGCCGACGACAAGAAGACCUCACUACGGACUAUAGACAGUGUCCUACAACUGCUGGGCACAUUGGGUCGGUAUCAGCUACUCCAAGCUGUCCUGCUCGGUAUUGGAAACCUAACAGUUUGCUUCCACCUCCUCAACUUCGUGUUCAUAGCUCAGCCCGUGAAACAACAAUGUGCUGUCACGCCACUUUAUGGCAACGACACCAACACCGACUACGGCAAAUGCGACGUGUCUGUACGGAACACCACAGCCAAUGUCACGUCAACACAUGCAUGCAAUGCCUGGACAUAUGACAUGGAGAGAGAUCAUUCCAUUGUGUCGGAGUGGGAUCUCGUGUGUGGGGAUGUCUUCCUCGGUCGCCUCCCGCAGUCACUCUUCAUCGUAGGACAAGGGAUUGGCGCAGCCACGGUCUCGGUGAUGUCGGACAAAUUCGGGAGGAAACCUUUCCUUGUCAUGUCACACGUGUUGACGGCCGGUGCAGGUCUUGCUUUAGCGUUCGCUCCGAAUAUCGCAGCUUUUUCUGGUCUGAGAUUGGUGAAUGGAAUUUUCCAACAGGGCAUUGUUGUGACAACAUGCACAAUGGGUAUGGAGGAGUUCCCGAUGAACCGGCGGAUAGAAGUAUCUACAAUGUUCACCUUGGGGUGGAGUGUCUGCACAAUGCUCCUCACAGGCACCGCCUACCUGUUGCGUGAUAUGGACUGGAGAACCCUACAGCUCUGUUUUGUAUCUGUUUCCACCCUUGUAAUUUUCCAGAUUAUCUUUCUGGGAGAGUCCCUGCGAUGGCUAAUUACAAACAAGAAGGCCAAGAAGGCCUUUGCGGUAUUCAAGAGGGCAGCCAAGAUCAGCAACAUCGACGUGUCAAAUGUAGCAUUGCCCGGUAUUGGAACUGAACAAGCGUCUGUUGAAUUGAACCGUACGGAAAGCAAAUAUGUGGAAACACCAUCAGACAAACAGACAGACGUCGUGAAAUACAACUGCCUUGAUUUGGUGCGGACCAAGUUUAUGCUGAAGAUAAGUGGUGUCGUGUGGUUCUCCUGGUUGGUUGACAGUUUGACGUACUUCAGCCUCUAUCUGACAUCUUCAUCCCUGCAUGAUGACUUCUACUUAAACUUCUUCCUCAACUCUCUGGCUGAAGUACCAGCAGGGCCACUCUACUGGUAUGUCGGAAGAAGAUGGGGAAGAAGAAUCUUCUUCAUGACUUUCCAUACUCUCGCUGGCAUAUGUCUUCUCAUGGCUACAGUAAUCAAGGGAUUGGCGGUCGGACCAGUCGCACUCACAUCAGCUACUAUCUUGGCCUUUAUUGGAAAAGUCGGCAACACCGCAUGUUUUAACGCGAUGUUUGCGUACGCACCGGAGAUCUACCCAACGAAUCUCAGAUCUGUCGGCAUGGGAUCGGGAUCGACAGCUGCCAGGGUUGGAGGAAUGAUCGCCCCUUUUGUAUCUCUGCUUGCAGCAGAAAUAUCUUGGGCUCCUGGUACAAUUUUCGGGAUAGCGUGUUUGAUAACAGCUGCACUCAAUUAUCAGCUACCAGAACCGGAGGGACGAGAACUUCCUCAGACAAUAGAGGACGUCAAGGCAUGGGAUAAAACUCCUGCAAGAGGUUAACACUACCCCGG